AUGGAGGCCCCCCCCUUUUUAGGAAGUGUGGGCAAAGACACACCAUAUUGUAUUUGCCAGGACUUUGCUUGUUCUGGAAGUGACGAGCGGAUUCAUUCCGCCGCGUCACUUCCGGUUUCCUAUCUAGGGCGCUUACCCAUAAGAAAAAUGGCCGCGGUGAACACGGAAGUGACGUGGGGUAUGACACCGCGCCACUCCGAUUGCCUGAAUGGACCUCAGGUGAGGCGCUCUACACCAUUAGGAAGAAGCUAUCCGAUUGGAUUACGGAAGUGA